CUUGCAAUCAAUUAAAAUAUUAUAUAUAUAUAUAUAUAUGUUGGGCAACUUUUUUUAUCCAGAUAAUUCAUCACUUAUUCAUUGCCCAAAAUCUUCCAAAAUGCCUAGAAAACGACACGAAGAAAGAUCCUCUUCUUCUUCUUCCUCCUCCUCCUCUAGCUCGUCUCCUCGAACUAAAAGCUCUCCAUCUCGCCCUCGUGCAUCAUCUUCAAGCAGGCGCUCUACUAGUAGUAGUAGUGGCAGAUCUUCUCCUCGCCCUCGAUCAACAGCUUCACACAGCCCAUCUAUUCAUACUGAAAGAUCUUCUCCACGUCCUUCAAGCUACAGUUCACCUCCUAAGACUGAAAGAUCUACUCCACGCACUGCAGGCUACACUCCAUCUCCUCAGACUGCUAGUCAUGACUCCCACUCGAGCGAAAAUACUAGUAACGAUCAUGGCUUCUUCUCGAGGGGACGUAGUAGUAGUAGUGAUGAUGAUUAUGACUUCUUCCGGAGGAGACGUAGAAGUAGUAGUGAUGACGAAGGGAUGUUUUCUGGUUUCAUAGACGAAAUUAAGGAUGCUAUAGAAAACUACCGAACCUCUAAGAAAGACCCUGUAGCAGCAGCAGCCGAAGUUGCAAGUACCAGUGGUUCUAUUGCAUGUGUCACUCAAGCCAAAGCUUUCCAAGAUUGCCUCGACGAGAAUGAAACAGACAUUAAUAAAUGUCAGUCCUUGAUGGACAUGUGGUGUAAGUGCAAGAAGAGUUCCAAGCUAACCACCUAAAACCAUUAAUCCUUAUUUGCAAGUUACCAAACAGUUCUUGAAAUUUGUAUUUCUUCAUUACUCUGAAGAAGAACCCUCUCAUGGUCUUUUAUCCUUUCUGUCAAUGUUUAGGAUCUUGUCUUUUUCUCAUUAUGUCAAUGUU